GCCUACAGCACACGCAUACACACACAUCCAGAGCAAGUAUCUUUGGUGCAGUUGGGUUGUUGGUGUGCUGGUUCUUGGACAUACAGAAUGGUUUGUGGAGUUAAUUUGAGGAUCUUGCUGAUUUGCUUAGUUCAUGCAGAGCAUAUAUGCUGUUUAUGGGCUACACAAGCUCAAAGCUUCCAGAGACAAAACGGCAAUGGAUAUGUUGGCUACUCGCAACAGGAAAGUGGAGUAAGACGACUUGGUGGCAGCAAUCCCCAGAAUCAACUCAGACAGGCCUCUGUUUCUCCAGGGUCAGCCCAAACAAGUAGCAUCAACACCCAGGCUGCAGUUCACAGUGUUUAUAGCGAGGAACCGUCCAGUAGCGGCUUCUCUCAAACUUUGUCGAAGCCGGCUCAAGGUGGCCACUCUUCGGUCAGGUUUGUGCAGCGCAACUCUGUGUCAAAACCUAACUGGCAAACUCUGAAUCAAAAGGUGCAUGAGCCUAAAAAGAGUGUAUUUGGCCUUUCAACUGCUAUUGCUAGUGGGAGUUCUGUGAGUAAGUACAGUGAAAAACCGAGUGCCCUUACUGAUACCAGCAGGAAUAUGGCUCGGCCAGUUCAGCAGGCAGCACAGAGUGCAAGCAAGUACCUGUCCAGCAGCUCUGCAUCUCUUCAGCGUCCUUCUAGCAAAAGCCCCUCCCAAUUGGCCUCCUACCAGUCACUCCCACAGAACGCUCCCAUCUCUGGAGCUGGAACAUCCUAUGUGCAAGGACGCUAUGCUGCUGCUCAGCUGUCUUCCAGCCUGUUUAACCCUGCAUGGCAAGGAACGGCUGUGCAGACCUCAGCCACCGCCCCUGCAAAAAGAGUGUCUCUACAUCGUACGAGUAAAACAUCAUAUCCCUCAUCUACUUUGAAUAACUAUUUUCCGAGCCAGAUUGAAGGUGCGAACUCCUACCAACAUGCCCAAGGACGCUACAGUCCUUCUUCACUGUCUAGUAAACAAAAUGCUGCUGGCUUCCAGCCUCGCAGUGUGCAGAUGCCCAACAAUCAGGGGUUCAGUUACACUGCCACUGAGCAGAACAGCAUGAGUCCAGUCCAAGGAGUUCGUAACCCUGCUGCCUCUGGGCGCAGUGCCGGUCAGCGCUACGCCCCCACCAGAACCCACAACAUCCCUGAACACUUUGGCGGCUCUGUUAUCAGACGGCUGACUGGUCCUGAAGGGAGUGUCAGGAAUCCCCAGCAGACCUACUUGGCUCCUUCAGCACAGACUGUGAACUACAACCCUCAGGUCCAGAGCAUCAGGAAUCCCCAGCAGACCUACUCGGCUCCUUCAGCACAGACUGUGAACUACAACCCUCAGGUCCAGAGCAUCAGGAAUCCCCAGCAGACCUACUCGGCUCCUUCAGCACAGACUGUGAACUACAACCCUCAGGUCCAGAGCAUCAGGAAUCCCCAGCAGACCUACUCGGCUCCUUCAGCACAGACUGUGAACUACAACCCUCAGGUCCAGAGCAUCAGGAAUCCCCAGCAGACCUACUCGGCUCCUUCAGCACAGACUGUGAACUACAACCCUCAGGUCCAGAGCAUCAGGAAGCCCCAGCAGACCUACUCGGCUCCUUCAGCACAGACUGUGAACUACAACCCUCAGCAGACCUACUCGGCUCCUCCAGCACAGACUGUGAACUACAAACCUCAGGUCCAGAGCAUCAGGAAUCCCCAGCAGACCUACUCGGCUCCUUCAGCACAGACUGUGAACUACAAACCUCAGGUCCAGAGCAUCAGGAAUCCCCAGCAGACCUACUCGGCUCCUUCAGCACAGACUGUGAACUACAACCCUCAGGUCCAGAGCAUCAGGAAGCCCCAGCAGACCUACUCGGCUCCUUCAGCACAGACUGUGAACUACAACCCUCAGGUCCAGAGCAUCAGGAAGCCCCAGCAGACCUACUCGGCUCCUUCAGCACAGACUGUGAACUACAAACCUCAGGUCCAGAGUCUUGUGAAGCAAGAGCAAACUUACACGGCACCAUCGGUACAGUCUGUUUCUUACAUGCCUAAGCAAUCCCUCUCGGGUCCCUCAGGGCAUACUGUAUUGAGGAAGCCAGACCAAAAAUACACAGCUUCAUCGGCACCCAAGCCUCAAGACCCAAAACAGGCCCAUGCAGCUCCUUCAGCACAGCUUGUAUCUUAUAAACCACUGCGGCCCCGCCAGCGGCGAGCGUUUCAUACAAACCACAGGUCCAGAGUGUUCAAGAGGAGUCCAAAUGGUAGAGGCUGUGACCAUAGCAGGCACUGCUGAGAUGACGAUCCCUGGAUGAAGAUUUAAUUUUUUGAAAAUAAAAAAUUAAUUUAAAUCA